CAACAGAUCCACAGGUGAAGCUGUCAAAGAUUCAUUUCAGGCAUCGAUUCAUAGAAAAUUAGAAAUUUGCAUUCGGAGAGAAUUAUGACGCGUAAAUCAGGUGGUUCCUAAAGCACGCUGAGGGAAAAGCGCAGUCCCAUUUUUCCGCUUCUUCUCAGUUCCGCCCUCCGUCCUCUUCUUUUUGUUUUUUUUUUUACCCCAUAGAAAAUCUCAUAUUUCUAACGAAUUAAAGCAGCAGAUUAGCAGUUAUGAUGCGCGGGAAUUAGAUCUCAGCGGUCUUACUUUCCUGAAGAUCUGUGGUUCCUCGCUCAUCGAUCUGUGGAUCUGGAGUAGCGUAUAGCAAUGGAGGCUAUUAAUCCGGAGGAUCUAUCUAAGAUUGGAGGAAUUGCUACAGUUUCCCUGCUUCAUUCCUUCAUUCCCACGCACUGGCUACCCUUCUCCAUUGUCGGGCGAGCGCAGAAAUGGACCCUAGCAAAAACUCUCCUCGUCACUGCAUUUGGAGCAGUCUUGCAUGUCAUUUCCACAUCACUUCUUGGCAUAACUGCUGUCACAAUGGCCAACACCAUUGCUGGCGAGGAGACUGUUCAUAGCCUUGCUUCUCUGCUGCUCAUACUUCUUGGAGGUAGUUAUGUCUUGGCAUUUGUAUUUGGAAAGGGUGGUCAUAGCCACUCCCACAACCAUCCUAUGGAGAAAAUGGCUGUGGCUGGGCUUGUUCUUGUACCUGCAUUGUCUCCUUGUGCAACAACGCUUCCUGUGUUUCUUACUGUGGGAAACUCAUCCUCUAUGAUGGUGCUUGCUGUUAUUGUGCUUCUCUUUAGCACAAUUACUGUAAUGACCUCUCUGGUAGCUCUUUCAUUUUAUGGGGCCAGCCAGAUAAAGUUUCACUGGGUGGAGCGUUAUGAUAAGCUUCUAGUAGGUUCGGUGCUGUGCCUGGUUGGAAUUCUAACUUAUAUUUUUCAUGACCAUGAUGGUGAAGAUCAUCAUACCAUUGAGGGGCACUUGAAUAGAAAACUUGUUGGUUUGUGAAUCAUGGAUUUUGAUCCUUUUUUUAUGUUUCCAAAUAUAUUAGUAACUACAUUGCUAUUUUGUUAUUUUGGAAUUAGUCUUUUAGCUGAAGCAGCUAUCUAUCUGUGUUGCCAUUGUAUUACUUGAUUGUUUUAAUGCUGGUUUGGUAUUUGCAAUUGCACCUGAAUAACUGGAGGAAUUAGAAGUAUUGUUUUUUA